ACCUGCCAACAUCGCCCCUGCAGAGGCAGCCAUUUUGGAAUGCUCCUGUCUCUCGAGCGCUGUGGGGUAGCCGUCGAUCGAGUUGGCAGACGAACCAUCGGAAUUUGGAGAUCCGGUUUGCAUUUGAUGUAGGCCUAGUGCGGACCAGAAGUUUGGAUUUUGACAAGCCGUCGCUCUCUUGCAUUUCUUUUCAAUUUUAGCAUGUCGGGCCAGAGCGUUCUGGACCGUGUGACGGCGGCCAAGCACACAAUCACGGGCUCCGACUUGGCCAAGUCGGUGUGCAAGGCGACUACCGCUGAAGUGAUGGGGCCGAAGAAAAAGCACUUGGAUUACCUAAUCCAGUGUACAAUGACAGAGCACAUCAACAUUCCAGAGCUGGCAGAUCUCAUCAUAGAACGUACCACAAACACUAACUGGGUGGUUGUCUUCAAAGCGCUCAGCACGUGCCAUCAGCUCAUGAUCUACGGCCAUGAAAAAUUUAUACAGUAUUUGGCCACAAGGACAGUGGUUUUCAACCUGGAAGAGUUUAUGGACAAAACAAAUGUUCAAGGUUACGAUAUGUCGACGUAUAUUAGACGAUACUCAAAGUAUCUCAACCAGAAGGCAUUGUCCUACAGAACUGUGGCAUUUGAUUUCUGCAGAGUCAAAAGAGGGAAAGAGGAAGGGAAGUUACGAACAAUGACAGCAGAUAAGUUGCUGAAGACCUUACCGACCCUGCAGGCUCAGAUGGAUGCCCUCUUAGAUUUUGAGAUCUCACACAACGACAUGACAAACGGCAUAAUCAACGGGAGUUUCAUGCUGCUCUUCAAGGAUGUUAUAAGGCUCUUUGCCUGCUACAACGAUGGAAUCAUCAAUCUUCUUGAGAAAUAUUUUGAUAUGAAUAAAAAGGAUGUGAAGGCUGCACUUGACAUCUACAAGAAGUUCCUGAGCAGAAUGGAAAGAGUGGCAGAAUUCCUCAAAGUAGCAGAGCAAGUUGGCGUGGACAAAGGUGAAAUCCCAGAUUUAGCUCAGUUCCGAGAUGUGCCGGCUGAAUAUAAAAAUCGAGGUUUUCAGAAUGUUGGUUAUAAUCCGACAAAGGGGAAUAGGGCACCAAGCACUCUUUUAGAAGCCCUGGAGGCGCAUGCAGCAUCGCUGGACAACAAGAAGUCCUGGACCAAACCUGCUGCUGUGGCCUCGGCCGUCAGCGCUUUCGCCAACUCAGUCUCCCACAUUGACAGCGAGGAGAAGAAGCGGGCCAUCGAGGAGGAGAAACAGCGGCUGGCUGCCUUGAAGGUAGUGAGAGACCAACCACCGACCACUGACCCGUUCUCCGCAGAGCCACUUAGCGUAGCACUGACGAAUAUGAACGCCAAACAGCUCCAGGAGCAGACUGACAGUAAAAAGGCCCAGGCAGCCCCCAGCCAGAAUAACCCGUUCCUCUCCUCGCCCACCACCUCACCGGUUCACCAGCCAGCCACUACUACAGUGUCCAGGGACAUCUUUGGCGCACCACCCCAAGGCAUGCAAGGCACAGUAGCUCAGCCGCAACCAACGAGCAAACCAUCCAGCGAUCUGAUUGGCCUGACAGCGUCGGCCAUCACGCCUUCCAUCCACGCCCAAAUAGCUCAGCCACAGAUGGCCAGUCAGGCCCAGUGGGGUGCAUCAAAUGUCCUAGCAGCCACGUCUAGCUCUCCACUCAACAUUCCGGCCCCUGGCUCGCCCCUCCGAGCCUGCACCUCAGCCCCCUCAAGUUACAAGGACUCAUUUGAGCCCUUCGGGAAUGCUCAGACAAGCUUCACAAACAACAAUGACAUCGGGGCCAACUUUGACAAAGUCUUUACGGAAAAUACCAGACAGAAUGCCAACACCACAGAGCUCUUUGGCAACAUUCUCCAGCCCAUGAACCAGGCAGGACAGCAGCCGCCCAAGCCUGUGGAGAACCCUGUGAAGUCAAGUGAGGGUGCCGACCUUGACACCACCCUCAGCAAGCUGGCCACCAACAUCAGUCUGGACAUCCGAGGGUCUAUGUCUCCCAAGAAGUCAGAUCAUCAGUGGAAUAAGCAAGCGUCGACGAUGGCGGGUGGCAGGACAGGUGGCGCAGCAUGGCAGCCCGUCCAGGUGGCCUCCACGACGUGGCCCCAGCAGCCUCAACAACCCUACAUGGAGCCCAACCAGGGACAGAUGCCCCAAAUGCAGGGUAUGGGUGUCAGACCGGUUGGCAUGCAGCCGGGGAUGGCGGGCAUGUACCCCCAGCAAGGCAUGGCACCCAUGGGGAUGUAUGCACAGCAACAGCAGCAACAGCCAAGGAUGAUGGCCCCACAGCAACCCCAACCCAGCGAUCCUUUUGGAAAUCUCUGAAAGUGUACCUCUGAGAUCAGCCAGGAAUAAAUGAUAGAUACAUGUAUAGUAACACACAAACCAGACAGAAGUCCAGGAUUGGAGCAAGUACAGCACACAACGUGGACCACCUCCCGUCUGUCACCUGACCAAUCAGAGUUCUCCAGAUUCUUGGAAGAAGUGUUAUGCUAAUCCAUAUGUUGUACCUCAGUCGUUGUGAUUGAGAAUCGUGAAUAUUCAUCAGUGUGUUUCAGAUUAUAUACUUAAGGAUUUAUGUAUAAGAUGUAAAUACAUAUGACUCGGCUAUCCAAUCUGACGUGGUUGGUAGUAGGCAAUAUUAAUUUCUUUUAUCCCGACUGGUCAGUUAGGUUAAUUCUCCUCCUCCGUUGACCACUCAAGGUCAAGAGUAUUUGUGGCCAGGAAUUCCACAAACAGGGUAAAAACCAGGUUGAGUUACAACAGCGUAAGCCAGUUUGUGGACUGCACUGCGACCACCGAAGGUGAUUGCUUACUGCCACGGUGAACUGCAUACCCGUGAAACCUUCAAAACUUCUUUCUUUUUUUAAUCUGAUGGGUUUGGCAGUCCUCUGGAGGAUGGAUAUUUGUACUGACCUAAUUUUCGUAUAAAGCCUCCAGGCUCAGCUACCUGUAUUGAACCAGAGACAAGCUGGCUUUUGCUCUCAGCCAUUUCUUUUUCCCGGAUGAGUAGGGAGCUUCAUAAAUGACAACUUCUAAAAAAGGCCUUAAGUGAAGAUUUUCGCGUAUCGUCGGUUCUGAUCAAAGCGAGUAGCCAAAGAGCCGUCUACUUAGCUAGACUUCCAAUCCCGAUGUUUCCAUGUACAUGUAUCAUGUGUUAUACAUGUGUGAUAGUACCAUCUGACGUCUAAAAAAAGUAACUCUUUGUGGAUACACGUAUGUAUUUAGUAAAGUAACAGAAGAAAUAAUUAUGCCAAAUGAAGUGAGCUAUGAAUUUUUUUUUUACCUUUUCUUUAGAAGAAAUAACCUGUGGAAAAGCAAGCUUAUAUAUUUGCCUAAUUUUCCUCUAUCGCUUACCAGAUUCUUAUUUUUGUUGUAACAUAGAAAUUAUGUGUCAGUGUUGUAGUGAGUUUGUUUGAACUGACGUAAUAAGUAGAAAGGUUGUUUCCAUACCAAGUUUUAUGCUGGAGGGUAUUUUUGGAAACAAUGUAUCAACUUACUGAAGCCCAUUCACUGUUCGUCCUUUUUCAUACAACUCUGUUUUUCCGGAUUUGGAUUUACAAUUCCAAAAAGUCUUUGAAAUUUCUUCACGGUCCUACACAUGAGAACGGGCACUUCCUGGCCGCUGUAGUGACACUAGCCCAUGCUAGAUGUCGAAGAAAACUGACUUAAAUUUCUUUCUUCAUCCACACAUUGUAAUAUAAAAGAUAAUGUUUCGUACAGAUGGAACUCCAUUAGGAACGUUUGGAUCGUUCGGAAAAAUGAGCCAGUUCAGUAUUUCAAAAAGCCAAGGUCAUUCGGGACCAAAGACUGCGCUUGAGUCAGCGCAUGGCCGCGCUGACGAGUCAGACUAUUGUGCACACGCGUACAUAGUACCGAAUAGCCUAGUGCUUGGUGUUACGGCCGAUGAUGUAAUAAUCGACGCAUAAUGUAAUACCGACCGAUAAUGUAAUCUACGGUUGUUACAUUGUCGACCGGUUUGGGUUAUUACAUUAUCGGCCGUAACAGCUGGCCAUGCGCUGUUAAAUGACGAACUGGCUCAUUAAAGUUGCCUGUUCGCAUUUUUUGGUCUGCCUGAUAAAUCUGCCUUUGUUUUGCCGUUUAUAUGGACGCAUUCAACGAAAACGUUAGUUGCACGCAUUGAUGAAGUGGAAUCAAACAGUGUUUGAAACAAGACGAGAAUGUUUAGAAAAGAAAACACGAGGAUUGUGGAUCAGUUUACUGCAGGUCAGUCGUGUGGGUAGAUUUUGUAAGCUUUAUUGGUCUAACUUAAACGGUGGGCUUUCACUGAAUUUUUCAAGCUAAAAAUCAUUUACCCUGAAAACUACUUUUUUAUUAUUUCGAGUCAAUUUAGCCUACUGCAGCUAGUCUUUAUUUGAGGGCAGCAGAUGGUACAUCAAGGUUUCCUGUGGUGAAUGUGGAGAUAGUGAUUGUAAACGACUUCACACGAAGUGUGUUUGCCAGCAUGUUAGCUUUGUAGUAUUGAAGAUUAUGUUCUUCAGCUUUUGUUACGUUUGUUUCCAGUGCAUUGGCGAUACAUUUCUGUUUGUGCUGUGUGUUAUUUUUUUCAUCUCAGAUUUUAUAUGUGGUGUGAACCUGCAGUUUCGACGAAAUUGUUCACGUCGCUUUGCACCAAAGACCGUACUGGGACGCUUUGAACAUAAAUAAUUAUUGUUCACCUGGAUAUUGGAUUGAAAAUCAGCAGCCGCAGUAUGUCGUACGCAGUCGUAUUUCCGUUACGGACAAGGUCAAAAAACUUUCCUAUUCACUUUUUCAGAUUUCUACGUACGAAUGAAAAGGAGUACGUAAGCUUUAUGAAGUUUGGUUUCCAUAUGGUCGUAACGAACGCUGAUGGCACGCAAGACGUCAAGACGCAGACAGUCAUGGGACGGGAGACACCCUGCGUUCCGUUAUUCCACCAAUAAAAUCAUGCAAAUUGUCGCAUAAAACCCCUGUUUCGGUAGGAAUUACGCCCCUUGAAGCCUAACUGAUACCCCAGUAGUUUGAUGUACUUUGUUUAUGGUCAGCUAUUUGGUUGACAACUGGGGCUGCAUAAUGCGAGUUAUCAGGAGAAAUGGACAAAAUGAGUGGUACUAAGCGAGAGGAACGUCGUUGGACGCCCUUCAUGCCAGCGUGCGUGUAUUAUAGGCCUAUUUAGCGACUCAACGCAGACAGUCAGCAAAGUUGAACCGGGCUCAACUUUUGCCGGUCCGUUUGGAGUUGGUUUGCGUGUGUCUGGGUUAUUGGCGACACCUCCGUUUAACAUGUUUCCAUAUGUCUGCGUUGCAGGUUGCGUCUUAGUUGCGCUGCUCUCUUCGUUUCUUACGUCGAUUUCGAAACCUCUAUGGUAGACUCGCAACCGUUUCUGUGGGUAAUCCAACAUACGCCCUUACUUCACGCUUUACAAGUCCACACUUUCUUCAUCCAUGUACAUAUACACUUGUAAUUCGCACUUAAAAGACAUACGUUCGACAUGCCGUCAAUGCGUGCGUGUUGUACGAGGGCACGUACGAAUCAGAAGUAGUACGCAAGGACCUCAAGUUGUGCGUUCGUGCGCAGGUCUGCAAACUCGCUUGAAGAAAAUGAUUCAGCAUGUCACUCAUACAUGAAGCAGCUCUUGUGUAAUGUCGCUGUGCCCAUUGGUCGACAGAGGGAAUAGUGCAUUGGGGAUACGAGUGCCAGUGUACGGCAGAAUGGUAACCGAGUUUCGUGCAAAUCCACUGAGCUACCAAAAUCCACCACGUCCAAAGCCACCUUUGUGAGUGGGCCCUGCGUCUUUAUGUGUUUUCCCAGGUCCUUGGUUUAGUAGCAAACGAAAUGAGGAUAAAGUAGUAUAAACCGAAACAAGGCAAAGUGCAAAUGGACCACCCGUGACACACGUUGGAAAUCGUUUUUAGUUGUAUCACUGCCAAUAUUUUGCUUCAACCUUUUACUGAAGUGGUAGAAUGUCGGAGCUGCUAAAUUUCACUACAAUUUCAUGGCGUUCUCGAGAAAAGUUGUUUGUUACCCCCAAGCAACGGUGGUGAGGAAAUGAAGUGUCAAAGUGAUUUAUGCUCGUCAAACAGUCGGUUUGUCGAAAUUACCUCCCAGCAGUUUCAUCAAGGAAGCCCAAGGAAACUGCGUGUUGUUCACCGUGAACUGUAUGUAACAUGGUUUGCAGAAGUAAGGUGUUCCUGUAGGGACGCAUACUUGUCUCCAUGCAGGCUGUGGUAAUCAUGUUAGGAAAUCAUGUGUAGUUGGUCUCAAAGUAAACCCAGCAAUAGCAUUCGUGAUUCCUACCGAAUUAGAGUUAAUGUAAAGUAUUUCUGUUAACCCUGGGUUGGUGAACUCUUUCUUGCUAUCAUUUUUAAUACAUGUGUAAAGACUGAACACGUCUUUAAGGGAUUAGUGGUGUGUAAGAAUUGAACACGUGAUGUCUAGCUUCUCAAGAAACAAACUAAUGACAAAAUUGUGUUUAAUUUCUGAAGACAGGUUUUGAGAGUGUGCUGUCAACGCUAAUAGAUAAAAACUUCAUCAGGAUUACAGUCGUUUAGCUGUGAACAGAUUUUCAGAACUGGUUUUAUAGAGAAAAUAUUGCGCGGUAUGCUCUGAUCUUUUCUUCUCUAAAAGAUCCGUAUGUCCCCCUGUAUUGUGUGUAACAGUCUGAUGUAGUCGCCAUGGUUUCUUAAAUAUUGGCGAACGAAAAAAAUGAUUCGAUUGUAUCGUAAAGAUCUAUAGGAUAUGGAAUAAACCUUUUUUCCAUGUUUUGUUAAUGUCAUUUUCACACAGAGUUAUUCUAUUAUGUAUAAAAUGCAAUAUACUGCGGUUGUUAAAAACUGAAGAAAACAACUUAAUAUCAUGUCAUGUUUUGUUUCAGUAAUUAAAAUAAUACUUAAAAUGUCCGACCACAA